AUCCAAUCCAUCCCUCUCUCUCUCUCUUCCUUUCUUUUUUGUCCCCCAAAAGAAAGUGAAAAGGGACAAGGGGAGCUACAAAAAAAAAAAAAGACCUCCCAAUCUCCCCCAACCCACCCCCGACAAACCAAACUCUUAACCGAAUUUAAAAGAAAGAAAGAAAGAAAAGGAAAAAAAAAAUAAAGAAGAGGAAAGUCUCUUCUUCUUACUCUUUUCCCCCCCACGCCCCCGCUGGACAGACGUGCAGAGCGUCCGCGUUUCCAUCUCCAUCCGUCCCUUCCCGGGGUGGAUCCCGCGCUCUACGACGACGAGGAAGAGGACGAGGUAAAGCGAGGGCGCGAGAAUGCCUGUGGCGACGGCGUCUGUGGACGGGCAGGUGCUCGCGAGUGCGGACGCGGGCGCGUACGAGGUCGUGGAGGGCAACGUGUACUUUGCGCCGGAGGCGGUGAACAAGACGUUCCUGGCCGGGCCGACGGGGACGUCGACGGUGUGUGCGUGGAAGGGCCGGGCGAGCUACUACACUGUGAAGGUGGGCGACAGGGAGGUCAAGGACGCGGCGUGGUUCUACCCGGAGCCGAUGGAGAAGGCCGCGCGGAUCAAGGACUACGUUGCCUUUUACAAGAACAAGGUUGACGUAGUGACCGACGGCCCGCUCCAGGACACAAUCACGCGAUAGUGGCGAGGUAGGCACGCAUCGCGACGCAAAUGUGCGUGUAUAUGUGUGUGUAUAUGUUGGGUGUCCGUGUCAAAGUUCGUAGUUAUCAAUUCCAGCCUCGUGUCUAAAUACCUUAUGCUUUUUUGCAAGGCAGCAAGUCGUGCCUCGUCCCGGG